CGCAGAUGCGAGUCGAGCUCUCGCCCGCGGGCGAGGGUCUCGUAUCGAUCCUGUCCGCCAUGACGGGAUUAUGACGCUGUCUCGGGAAGCGUUCGUAUGUCGACAACCGCGGCGCCUUGCUAAUUAAUCUCGGAUACGACAUUUCCGCUGCUGCGGCCGCUCGCUCACAUUCACGCUUUGCCAGCUUCAUUUUCUCGAUUACCCACCCUCCUUCCCCCGGUAUCUAGCACAAUCUUGUGCCAUGUCGAUGCGCAUGAAUCACCGUGAACUUGAGUAUCCGUGGUACAGCUACUGGAUGUAUCAUUUGCUCGAUCUCACGAACGGAAACCCUCGACUUAUCAUUUCACCGCAGCAUCCUGUCCAGUUUUCACCAGAAGCCCUUGCAGACCUUAAAGUUGUCGCUACCAAGAAGAUAGGGUUCAGACUGGCAGACUUAGCCGUUGUUAAAGUGAAACCUGAGACCGCCAUACAUUUUAACGCCAUCACUUCAAAGUGGACUCCACGCUCCGAAGGCUCAGUUGAAGCCACGGUAGAGACAAAACGUUUCACGAAGAAUGCCUUUAGCCUUGAUCCUCACCUACGGGAGAAAGAGGUGCUCGAUCGCAUCCAGGAGGCCAAAGGCGGUGUACUAGAAAAAGCGGCGUGGGUCAUCGCAGGGAAUCCCUAUCAGAUCUCAGUCGAAUGUAUUGUGGCCGCCCGUACUGGUCAUGCGCUACGAUUAAACGAGAGUCAGUCCGCGCUAGGAUCACUGAAAUCCUCCGCGGACUGGGUCAUUUCCGAACUUGUGCUCGUUCUGUUUACCUUUGCUCUACGAAGGAUUUAUUGA